AAGGUUCAGUGGAGAAUCCAUAUGGUUACAGACUCGCAUAACUUAAAGGAUAAAACCCCUUGUUAUGAGCCAAAAAUCAGAAUAUUCUCAAAUAUCAACUAUAGUUUUCUUAAUGAAAUAAUUGGGAAUAUUAUACGGAAACUCCAGUAGUAAAUUCAGCUGUUUACUUUUCCCUAUAUAUAGCAUCCACAUCUAACCACUUUCAAGCAGUUCCUUAAAGCUCCAACAACCUCUGUAAACUCUCCAAGCAUGACAACUUCAACUUCAACCGCUCAACUAUUUCAAGAUUUCCAAGGGGACUUUUACUCCAGAAGAUUGCUACUACAUACCCCCCUUUACCACUCACCAACUGCAGCAGCUCCUCCAGCUCCUGGAUAUAGCCAGGAGGCAUCAGAGCCUUAUACAGGCAAUAACAGUUUUGAUGCAAAUGUUGUUAUGGUCCUCUCAGUCCUCCUGUGUGCUCUAAUUUGCUCACUUGGAUUAAAUUCCAUCAUUAGGUGUGCAUUAAGGUGCUCUAGUUUAGUAGCUUCCAGGUCUGCUGACAAUUCUUCAGCUGGUUUAGCCAAUACAGGAGUCAAGCGAAAAGCAUUAAAGACUUUCCCAACAGUAAAUUACUCAACUGAUUUAAAUCUACCUGGAUUGGACACAGAAUGUGCAAUAUGUCUCUCAGAGUUUACACCUGGUGAACGUGUGCGCCUUCUUCCCAAAUGCAACCAUGGAUUCCAUGUCCGGUGUAUUGACAAGUGGCUCAGCUCACACUCAUCUUGCCCUACAUGUAGGCACUGCCUGAUUGAGACAUGCCAAAAGAUUGUUGGUUGUAGCCAGACAAGCUCUUCAGAUCCUCCAGUGCAAGAAAGCAUUGUAAACAUAGCACCACUAGAACCUGAAGCUUUGAUACGCAGUUAUAGAGGAACUAGCUAAUUUUUCUUUUCUUUAAUUGUAUGCUACAUUAGCUUAAGUUGACCCAGAUCUCUAAAGAUGGCUUAUCAUAGGUUAAAGCUUACCAUUCAGAAGUGUAGUACAGAUGUAAAUAUGUAUAGAGUUUGGAAUUGUAACUUAUUUCAAGUUCUCCUCAAUGUUUAGAAACUAAUACCAAAAUGUAAAUAUGUGCAAUUUCAAUAGCA